AUGCCAAUCACACUUGGAGAUGUAACAAUUCGCCACAUCCGCCAUUCGGGGAUUCUUAUUGAAGCCCCUGGAAUCGAGGUGUACAUUGACCCAUUCCAACUUGACAAGGUAGCUCCAGAAACUUUGAGUUAUCUUGAAACACACAAGGCUACUCACGUUGUUUGUACUCACACCCACUUCGACCACCUCAGUGUACCAGACAUUGAGAAGAUUAAAACAGAUAAGACCAUCUUCAUCGGGCCAGACGCUUGCGCAGAACUGAAAACCAAAUUUGGCAAUCAAUUA